AUGACUUCUGAUUCCAUGGCCAGUUCAAGUUUUCAAACUAUAAAAGCAGCAUCUUCUUCCACUUCCUUAGCCCGUAUCGGUGCUCUUAAAGUGCGAUCAAAUAGCUCGCCAGUAAGAACACCCACUUUCUUGUGCCCCACCUCGCGCGGUGUUAUACCUCACUUAUCCCCAGAUAAUGUUGUAAAAUGUGAAACCACAGCGUCUGUUGGCGCUCUUAUUUCAGUCGAGGACUUUAUGGAAAAGGCUCCCCAACAAAAUAGUGCCCUACUGAAAUACCCAGGCCCUACUAGAGACCUGUUUUCGUUUCCUUCGAAGUUUGGAUUGGCACUCUCGCAUAGGCGACCGGUCCCUGUACCUUCUCCUCAGGCAAACUUUGAUGACAAGGUUAGUGUCAUGACUCCCGAGGGAUUCAAAUAUAUGACUGUGGAUAUGUAUUCAGAGUUCAUUACGAAAUUCGAGCCUGACAUGGUAUUUUCAAUCCCAGAUAUUCCUAAUUUGUCACCUGGUGGAAAGCCAGGAAAUAACCGUGCACAAAAGAUGCUGAAAAGAACAGAAAAAUGGCUCGAUGAGUUGCUGGAACAAAGAUCGAAACAUACAACUGGUUUUGAGAUAUUUGCACCAAUCUUGCCAGGUUUGGCAGCAGAGUUUCAAUCGAACUAUCUACAAAAGAUCAAGUCGGAUGCUCGUAUAACGGGAAUUUCCCUAUGGAAUGCUCAAGCCGCAAGAUUAUCUGAACGACAGGCUGAACUUGCAAAGAAAAGAGACGUUGCCAAGCACAGUGGUGCUUCAUUAGAUGGAGAGGCGGCCAUUUCUACCGUCACCUCUUAUGUGAAGGCAUUGCAUGAAGAUGUGUCAAGAUUAGCAGUGGCUUACAAUAGUGGUCUUGAGACACCUCAUGAAGUAUUGGACCUGGUUAAUAGCGGAGUUGAUUUGUUCGUUGCGACUGGAAUUAAUGAUUUCACAGAUGCUGGUGUUGCCUUGGAUUUCACAUUCCCUGCGAGUGAAGAGCAUCCUGAUUUUGGAUUUAAUCUCUGGGACCCUAAAUAUGCUACAGACAUGACCAACUUUGGCCGUGCUAACCGUGACACUGUGCCAAACACCUACUAUCGUGCCUAUGUCCAUCAUCUGUUGAAUGCUCGAGAGAUGACUAGCUGGGUUCUGUUGCAAAUGCAUAAUAUCGCUGUGUUCAACAGAUUUUUCGAGGGCAUUCAAAAGAGCAUUGAAAAUGGAACCUUUGAGCAAGAGAGAGAGAAGUUCGUGAAGGUCUACGGCACUUCAGAAGAGGUGCAGGUUUUCCGCGAUUUGUACAAGAAAAAGGAUUCUGUUCCAACUGUUCGAGGAUAUCACAUUUCUUAUGAAUCAGAAGUUAUUCGCCGAGGCGAGGGCUCAACGCAACGACUCAACGACCCCCCUUUCAAGAAGUACAAAGAAGAUGCUUCCCAAAACUAA